GGCAAUCUGAUUGCUUUUAAACAAAGAUUUAAUUUAAUUUAAUUUAAUUUAAUUAAUUAAAUUAAUUAAUUUAAUUUAAUUUAAUUAAUUUAAUUUAAUUUAAUUUAAUUUAAUUUAAUUUAAUUUAAUUUAAUUUAAUUUAUUGCAAUACUUCCCAUGCCCUAUACCCUUUUGUUCAAAAUAAAGGUUCAGGUUAAUGUAUGUACUCUUUCAUAUAUAUGCAUGCAUACGUGCGCCAUACCUUUUAAAAGGGGUAGAAAAUACGGACUUCAACGAUGUUAAAAUGCUCCAUCACUGGGUCUCUAUUUGGCUCAUUAUGUAUGCAGUUCUCUUCCCUUGAAAAGGAUGUACUAUCCACAUUUUCUCCAAACUUGGCACAAUUGAAACCCAUAUACAUGUGUAUAGGACACUGUAAUAAAGAGAUGGGGUCACCAUACUUGUUUUCGCCCUCCGUGCCCGUAAUUACCAUACUAAUGGUAUGAUGAUUCCAUGAUCCCAUACUGAUGGUAUGGGGUUUAAGGCCUGGGUCAAAGUUAUGUUCGAAGCAUAUGAAUGAUUGGCAAUAUCUCUCCCUAGAAGACCUAGAAAAAAACAAAUUUUUCCCUAAAAGUAAAUCUUGAGGUUUUCUUGUGCCUUCACGUUUAAUUUUUGUCACCUGACAUGAAACGUGACCAAAAGUGAAAAUGAAGGAAAUUAGCGAAUUCAUCGUGGCGAAUUUACUUUGUUUGGAUAAACAAAUUGGCAUUUAUGAAAGAGGAUACACAUACCAAACUAUUAUGUUUGGAAUGAAUGUACGCGAAGUUUAAUAUCAAAGUUUUAAAUAAUUCAAGAUUAAAUUUACCCUCUAAUUUUUUUAUUGAAGUGCAAUGGACGAUCAUUCCAAGCAUGAAGUGUUAGAGAUAUUUAAUAAGAAUUAGAAAAAUGCUAUCUCGCGAUUUCUAUUUUUUAAACCGGUCACCAUUUGGUCUAAAAUUAAAGAUUUUUUUGGCAUAUGGUCACAUGACAUAUCACGUGACAUUACAAAUUACUUGAAAUAUUGCCAAACUCAAGCAUUAAUGACAAUAACUGCUUUAUUUACCCGAGACAGCCUUUAAAGCGCAAAGUAUAGUGGGGCCAAGCAAUGCCUGAAAUAAUAUCAACAAACAUAAUAGGGUUAAUAGCGACAACUGACCGGAGGCAAUGCACGCAGGUUUGUGGAGGAUCUGAAGUCGGGAUAACCGUAAACAAUUCCAGCCAGCGAUCAGGACAAGACUUGGACUGGGGGCCUCCUUUGGGCAAACCACUCGGCCACGCUAUCUAAUGUUCAAUUUUUUGCUAGUUCCUGGAGUGGCUUGUUGUGUUGUGCUGUAAUAUUCAACUUUUUAGAACUUUCAUUAGAAGUGUUGUAACCAAAUAAAUGUUUUUUUAAAAAAAAUCAACUUUUUUGUGAUCGCUAAACAUCUGAUAGACACAAAAUAUUAUACUAUUGUUUUAUACAGGUCAGGUUCUUUGCUAGGAAUGUAUAACCUGGACAACAGGAUUGGAAAUACAGGCACGUUGGGCAGAUAUUUUUGGAGAAUAGAAAACCAGGAAAGAGACAGUGACAUAAAAAAGUGCAUCGAUUGGAUUACUUUUCAAGACGACGUGAAUUUUAGGUCUUGGUAUGCUCAGCAGUUUCGAUCUCGACGUUUUAACCGGCAUCUGGCAUGUCCGUGCACUAUAUGGCAGGCACGUCUGGACAGGGGACGAUUCUUUCGGGACUUUUCAUACUCUUCUUCAAACUUUUGUUUUAGAUCCAGAAGUUCUAGGUUCUUUUUUCAUAUCAGUGAUGAUCUUGGCUUUGUCGUUUUUCGGAUAAGACAACUCUGCUGUUACUCGAGCCCUUUCAGUGACCUUGGUUUCCUUAUAACUGGUCCCCCCGACGGAAGUCACGUUAUAGCGGAACGACUUUUUAGCGUGAGAGACGUUACAACAGACAAAGACGCCGAAACGUUUUGCUGUGCUGAUCCAGAUUUGUGCAAUGAAUAUUACUUUUAUCGCCCAAGUGAUGAUUGCUCUUUUUACAGACCUCGUAGGAGACGUAAGUUUUUGUUGUUGUGCUACCCCUUAUUUAGUGCUAUUGGAGGCUGAAAAGAGAGUAUCGAGGUUAAUUUUUUUUCGUAUCUAGAGCCUAAAAAAAUUGUUUAAAAUCUCUAGAAACUGAUGCUUAGAAGCUUCAGUGCGAUUACUAUAAUUGUGGCCACCUAGACAAAGUUGGCAAUUCGGAUUACAGGAAAAUAACAACAUAUAAUUUAUUUCCGAGAAAGUCAGGCCCGGUUUAGACGGCGCUCUACUCAUGUGCCGAACCUAACUGAUGAAUUAACUACGGCAAAAGUGCAGCGUCUGAAUCUACAGAGAGACUCUGAGACAUUCCUAAAGCUGUUUUAUUACAAAUUAUAUUUUUUGGAGACAAUUAUAAUGAUCGAAUUUGUGAAAUGUACCAAUGUAUUUACAUCGUCAAUGUAUUUUUAGCAUAAUUCAUGCUCAAAAUGCAUUUCGCGUAUUUCCUUCACUGCCCAAAACCACGUUUACUGCCAGGAGCUGUUCAGUAUCUUAAGAGGUAAAGCUUUUAAAAGGUCGAUUACUCUGUUUCUCCUCAUUUAAUCCCUUAAUAACUUGCUAUGUUGUUCCAGGUUGGUUCUGGGGUGAUCCUCAUUUUAAGACACUAGAUGGUGGGAAUUAUACGUUCAACGGCCUUGGUGAAUAUGUAAUGAUCGAUGCACGAGAUGGGGUAUUCCAAUUACAAGCUAGGACACGCCUUGCCCAACAAAAUUCAACUAAUGCCACAAUUUUCUCAGCCGGUGCUGCUAAAGAAGAAAACACAAGCAUCGUUGAAGUAAAAGUCAAGAAAGGAGGUGAGACAUACUGGGAUACACAGGAGCAGUCAGAUUGACUGAAUGACCUGAUUAUUCUUUUCUGAUCGGUCACACUAAGGCCACAAAAUUCACACUUUGCUCACUGUGUGCUCAGCGAUUCAGCCUUUUUGAAUAUCCAAAGACCUAAUGACUUUUAAACGUUUUAUUUUUUUUUUUUAGGUGGAAUCGACAUUUUGAUUGAAGAAACAAUUUACCCUAACUACGCCAACCUGACGAAUCAAACCAUAGAAGUCGGCGGAAACCUUUCUUUCUCGAAACCAGAAGCAAACUGUGUAGAGGUUUAUUUUCCCUCAACAACGUCCGUGCAGUUCUGCGAGAAAAGAGAAAUGCUGUCCUUUGUGGUUACUCUUAGCGAAGAUUACAGAAACAGCACCAGGGGGUUACUGGGUACUUGGAAUGAUUAUCCUAAUGACGACUUCACAUUGCCUGAUGGGACGGUAUUGUCUCCAUCUUCAACCUCAAGGGAAAUUCACUUCGACUUUGGCGUUAAAUGUGAGUUGUUAUUAUGAUUAUUAUUAUUAUGAUUAUUAUUACUAUUAUUAUUAUUAUUAUUAUUAUUAUUAUUAUUAUUAUUAUUAUUAUCUCUUCUGUCACAGUCUUUGCUGGUUUUCUUUUUGUGCAUCAUCAUACACUGAGCACCUUCCUGAGGAUUCGUGCAGACCCCAGCAUGCAGAUCUUUGGAUCUCUGUCACAGUAGCUCUCUGAUAAUUUUUCGAUGUUUUCUACGAUCCCCUUCUUUACUGUACCAAGCGCACCAACAACCACAGGGAUCACAACGGUUUUCAUAUGCCACAUUGUUUGUAUUUCUAGUUCUAGGUCUUUGUACUUGCCUGUCCUUUCCAUUUCCUUCAGUGCGAUGUUUCCAUCUGAUGGAACAGUCAACAUCAAUCAGUUAUUAUUAUUUUAAGUCAGGAAUGAAAACAGUUUUUAAUGUUUUUAUAUUUGAUUUAAUAUUUUUCUGAUUUUUAUUACAUAUUUAUUUUUUUAUUUAGAUUAGCUACAUGGUGAUCUGUCUCGCAUGGAGUGUUCCACUCUUUUACAGAUUAUCCUUAGGGCUUUGUCUGUGCUUACAUUUAGAUUUAUUUGCCAUUAAAUUGUAAUAAAUAAAUAAAUAAUUAAAUAAAUUAUUGUCUCUUCUAUGAUAGUCUUUGCUGGUGUUCUUUUCGUGCAUCAGCCGGGCGCAAACAAUGCACCUGGAGCAUCAGUCACUCAAGUCAAUCAUUCUGUUCAUACACUGAGGACCUUUCUGAGGAUUCGCGCAGAUCCCAGCAGGCAGAUCUUUUGGAUCUCUGUCACAGUAGCUCCCUCUGAUACUUUCUUGAUCUUUUCUACCAUCCCCUUCUUUACUGUACCAAGUGCACCAACAACCACAGGGGAUCACUACGGUUUUCGUAUGCCACAUUCUCUGUAUUUCUAGUUCUAGGUCUUUGUACUUGCUUUUUUUUCAGUUUCCUUCAGUGCGAUGUUUCUAUCUGAUGGAACAGUCAUAUCAAUCAGUUUGCAGGUGGAAUUCACUGAAUCUUUAACAAUGGUGUCUGGUCUGUUCCUGUUAUAGUUCUAUCAGUAUUGACUGGCAUGUCCCACAUGAUGGUUAUGUUGUUGUUGUUGUACCACCUGUCUGUAAUCUCGAUAUCAUGAUCUUUACAGAUGCUCCAAUGGAGCAAUGGAUAUGCUGCAGCAUUAUUAUACCUGGAGAUGUACUCUGUUUAGGCUAAUACCUCACACCCAGAUAUAAUAUGGUCCACUUUCUCUUCAUGUUGCGAACACAUUUACUCUCCACUUGCUGGCCACAUAUUACAUUCUGGUAGCUUCUGGUGUUUAUUGCCUGGUCUUGAACUGCGACAAGUAGUCCCUCUGUUUCUCCUUUCAGAUUACUUGAAAACCAUUUGUAAUUAUUAUUAUUAUUGUUAUUAUUAUAUAAGAUAUACUAGUGUAAUUGCGAUUGAUUUUCUAUCUCAACUUCCGACUCCAAACCAUGGACUUUGGGAGGCAAAGAGAGUUUUUACUUGAUAGAGAGGACCCGCCUGAGAAGGUGGGCUGUAGAAAGAAGAGUUAUUUUCUGGAGUUCAUGUAUGUUGAUGUUGCCAGGGACUAUUAUUAUUAUUAUUAUUAUUAUUAUUAUUACUAUUAUUAUUAUUAUUAUUAUUAUUACAAGUGAUACCGGUAAAGGUAAAUUAUAAUCAUCACUAUAUGAAGCUUCGAGUUUAAACCUUAAAAUAAUUUGAUCAAAAAGGGUUAGCUUUUUCGUCUUUCUUCGGUGCCGCAUAUUUAUACGACGAAGUCACGGUUCGAGGUUGUCCGCUAUAGUGAGAAGUGAUUCCAUUUGCUUUUAUUGAAAUAGAUGGAUGAAAAUUGAUCGCUCUUUUUGAUAUACAAAUCAUGUUCAGUGACGUACAAAUCAUGUCAAAGAGAAAGUAAAAUCAAUUAUUACAGCUCAUUCUUAAGUCGCGGCACGAGUCGAUUAAUAAAAUGGAUUUACAAAGAGAGAUACGAAUUGCUCUUACUGAAAAGAAAACAACAACUUAAUAACAGCCCUCAAACCACUAAGCUGAAGCUUAUGUCAUGUUAGGCCCCUUUCAAACGUGGAAUUUGUUAUGAGUUCCGAGCACCUAAUCUUUUCAACUGAUCGAAGCUAGAAUUAAAGCUCACAAUAAACCCAUUAAUACUCUUUCAGGCUUGAUCCAUGCCAGGAACGUUUAAGAAAUUUAUGAACUAUAGAUCGCGCGGCUACCAACUCUCCCUGCUCGUAAGGUGUCUUUUCAUCGGUCGCGGAAAACAUUAACACAACAUUGUUCAUUAUUACUUCCAUUGUUUUAGGUUAGGGUAGAAAACCAUUUGGCUUUUAGGGUUAGAAGAGCUGCUACAUGACCUCUCUCCCCGGAAUGAAGAAAAACAAUAUGGCCGCCAAAUACAUCCUUUUGGUUUUUAAAGUUCUCCUUUAUUAACAAACAUUGAACAUUUAUUUCGGCAAACAAACAGUUAAGUUGAGAAAGGAUUUCAAAGUCUCAAGAGUAGUUCUCCUUUUCGAUUUUAAUUUGCAAUAUCGGUCAAUUUACGCAACUUUUAAACUUCUGGCUUAGUUUUCUUUGCUUCUGCUUUGCAACAUUGCAACGCUGUGUUGCGCUAAAAGUGGUCGAUGCGAAUCGUCUCGUGUAACAUCACCUUUAGUUUCCUGCAAAAUUUCUCUGCCAUGUGAUGAAACGUCAACUAUCUACAGCUCUCGGCCUGGUCUCCCGAUUUUUUCGCUCAUGUUCAUUACCCCCGGACGUAAACUGGUUAUUUUUAAAUGCCCCACACAACCAAAACCUCAAAUAUGCUAUUUGUUUUUAACUCAAUAAUGAAAUCUAGUCACAGCAACAAAAAAACCUAAUUCGGAAAUAGUCACGUGACUGAUGACGUCAUCAUCCUAGGUGUGACAUGGGAAGAUAUUUUAUGGCAAAUGUUACCUCGUUGAGGUCUGACAUUCUUCUACAUAUAAAAUUGUCAAAGUUAAAAACUUUUAAUUGUAAUUUACUUUUGUAAUUAUAAUAAUAAUAAUAAUAAUAAGUAAUGGUAACAGGACUGAGUGGAGUCCAAUUCGGUCUGUAAUCAUACGAGUGAUUAACAAAAUCGGACGACCGCAUAGCGGGAGUCCGAUUUGUUUAAUCACGAGUAUGAUUACAGACCGAAUUGGACGACACGAAGUUCUGUUACCAAUUAAUCAUAACUUUAACAAAAUUUGUGAUAUAUAGGGCUCUUUUUAAAUCAAAACACUAGAAAUUCCAAGAUUUUUUCGCUAGCAAGGAAAAAAAAGCCAUUUAAGCGCGCGCGUGAUGGCGCGUACUGUCCAAUUACUUAGGCAUGACGGGUACUGUCCUAUUAAACUGUCCUAUUAAGGCUGAAAUCAGGGCAGUUGAGAACCAAUCAGAUUUGAGGAUUUUGUUAUAGUUAUGAUUAUGAUUAUUAUGAUUAUUAUUAUUAUUAUUAUCAUUAUCAUUAUUAUUACAUAAUUAUAUACACCUGACUGAAAAAACGUUGUCGUUUAACCAUGCCCGAUGGGUCCCAAUUGAUUUAUGGAUAGAACUUUAUUAGCAUUGCAAAUUUGAAGUUCUUUCCAGAAAAGUUUAUAUUAUCGAAGCUUUCCGCGCCGAUGCAUUCCAGAAAAGGUCAAGAUCCCUGUACAGUGGAACCUCGUUAAUACGGUCACCAAUCGGUCAAAAAGUUUUGGCCGUAUCACCUGGGCAGGCUCAAAUUUGAUGACUUGAGGGCCGUUAUGACGAAUACACCUUACAUUGCAUUUGCAUUUCUUGAACUGUUCUCAUUAAUAAACAAACGGAAUGUAGAUAUUGUGUUUUGCAAUUGAAAUAAACUACCUAAAAUUUUCGUUCAGUACAGAAAAUACUUUUUAAAUCCCAACUAGUGCACUUUAUGUGUUCUGUAGUCUAAAAACAGUACGAGAACAGGCUCAGAGUAGUAGGUCAAUAAAAUUGACAUGUCACAGGCAUUUUAAUUUUCUAAGUUUCGAACAAGUGGCCGUAUUAGCGGGGUGAAAUUAUAAGAUUAUACGUUUCUGGGAAACUGCCCACUUACCCCUCCCCUAAGCCAACAUUUUACGUUAAGUGCGAAGUAAGUGUUCUCACUCAGGGUUAAAUGUUGGCUUAGGGGAGGGGUAGGUGGGCAGUUUUCCAGAAACGUAUAAUGAUUCAGAGUUUCUACUGUUUGGAAUUUCAAAAUGUUGCGGUUGACCGUAUUAAUGGGUGACCGCAUUUUCGGAUUUUUUUAAUAAGGAAAUGUAUGGCCGCUUUGCCCGGCCGAAAAAAAGUGGCUGUAAUAACGAGGUGGCCGUAAGGCGGGGUUGCACUGUAGUUAAAGAGCGUAGCCAUAUCGCUAACUCACUCUUGAAAAUGAUAGAUAGGACCUAAAAGCUUUCUUGGAAGACAUAUAAAAGACAACGGCAUGCCUUAAACAAAGUACUCUUAGGAUUUGGAUCCGCACGAGCAGCUGCUGUUGAAAGAACUUUCAUUUGCUUUGCUUAUGAACAUAUACCCGUAAAUUCUUGAAGCAACAUCAUUCAUGAUUUAUGCUCAGUUUAAGCGACAACGUUUUUUCAAAGAGGUACAUAUAUAAAAUGUGACCCUCCACAGGAUUUUAAUGCUAAAGGUGAAAGCACGCGCACGACACGCUUUCACUUUAAAACAAAAGAAUUUAUUUUAACACGCUUUAGCACGCUUGUAAUCUUGCCUCAUUAGCAAUUUCUUUUGUUUCAGAGGACACGCUUGAGACAAUUAAGCGUGAGCAAGUCGAACAAAAGAGCGUGUUAAAGUUUUCAAACAAAAGCUCCGUGCGAAAAAGCACAACACGCUUUCAGUGUGCGCAAAAGCACGCAAGGCGUGUUAUCUAUAAGCUAAAUAAAUUUCCUCUACAAAAAGGAACCGUAAAUGAUUAUGAACGGCACCCUUUUUUGGCAACUAUCGAGAAAGAAAAAGUUAUUCCUCAGCGAUCGCAGCGAUAGUAUCUGAUUGAAAAAACGUUGUCGCUUGAAAAGUAUAAACAGUGAACGGUGUGACCUACUGGAUUUAUGGGUAGAACUAUAUUAGCAUUGCAAAAUCAAAGUUCUUUCCAGAAAUGUUUACUGACGAAGCUGUGCAAAGGUUAUCUUAACUUUCCUUAAUUUAAAACACAUUUGCAAUUUUCUCAGAAACAGUGAUCUUUCGAACUUAAGACACUUUCUUGCCGAUCGCAGCAAUCGCGAUCAAAUAUAAUAGAAAUCAUCAAGUGCCAGGAUCACUAAAUUGUAUUUAUUUUUUAGCGAUUGCAACGAUCGUAGUGAUCAAAUGAAAACCAGCCUGCUUUUCUAGAUGUACCAAAAUUCCAAAACGUUUCCAACGUUGCUUAAUUGAUCCGGCCGACAAUAACACAAAAAGCGAAACAUCAGUUAAUUAAUGACUGUUUCACCGCUUUUUGAAUAGUAAGCAAAAAAUGUAUUUUUUAACAGAAUUCCGAAAUUGUAUGGUGCUUUUUUGUUUGAUUCUUUGUUUUUGCCAUGAUAAUACGGUGUGUUUAGAGUACUAAAGUUCGAUGCGAGAAUUAAAUCUCUGUCAGUCACACACUGAGAAAAGAGAAAAAGAACUAAAUUAAAAGUAGUCCGCGUGAAAUCUUUGAAGGCAAUCAUUUGUUCCAUAAAGUUCGGGCAUUGAAUUAAUUCAUCGAGCUCGAUCUAAAGGGGUGACGGUCAAGCUACUCGAAAGUGAUGUCGUUUGAAGUUAUGUCGUCCAAAACCUGAUGAUAUGAGUUUUGUCGCCCAAAAUUCAAAGAAAAGUCGCCCGCAAUCCUCCCUCAUUCUACAGUGUUUUUAGUUCAGAGAUUCUUGUUUUUUUCGUCCUGUGAAGAACGAGAUAUAGUACACGUUUACAGCGCUUGAUUCGUCUUAGCAUAACGUAACGAGAUAUCUUCACAUAAAUUAUGAUUGAUAGCGCUUCGAAAUUACAAGGGCUUCAGCAUUAUUUUCCCGAGAAAUUUAGCUUCCAAUUGAAAGUUUUAGGAAAGUGAGAAUUUUAUCGUAUUUUCGGUUCCGAAAAUUUUAGGAUUCCUUAAUUCUCUACGAAAAAUAGCUUAACUGGGGAAUGAAAUGGAAAAAAUUAAACUUCAGAAAAUCGUAAGGAAUUUAUUAGAUAACCUUCGAAAAUUGUACAUGCAUGGAACGGUCAUCUAGAAAUGUUUAGCCUUCCUCAACCUAUAGAAAAUUCUAGGCAGUUUUUGUUUCUCCGAUUUAAUUACCUUCGUUCGUCUCAGCAUGGCUUAAAGAAAUAUAUUAAACUAAUUUAUUCAACUUCAUUUCUCUGUGCAUUACUGCUAAUAAAUAUUCCGGUGGCAUAACUAUAAUUUUCAGGCGACAUAACUUCAGUGCCUCGCAUGCGAUAGCAGGCCUCUUUGCGAUUCCAGUCAACAGCCGACAGCCGGAGGAAUUGGUUUACACUGAUCUCACGUUAAUUCCAGGCUAGACCACCAUUAAGUCGUGAUUUUCAAAUGGCCACGGUUACUAUCAAAUUCCAAAACAGUCUCCAUUGGAUUAUUUGAUUCACUUCGACCAGUUAUCAAUGCUGAUUAAAUCCGCUGAAAACCCGAGCCAUUUUUAUCAUCUUAGCGGUUUUAGUAAUCAAGCGUGUUCAGCGUGUCUUACCCAAAUUGCACGCUAACCGUGCUAUAAUUCGCACACUUACCGUGACAUAUGGCACGCUACAAAAAACAAAAGGUCUAGCGUGUUAAAUUUGCCAAAACAAAGGCAAGUGUGUCCGUCUUUGUUUUUUCAAUUUAAUAUGCGCAUAUCCGUGAUCUACGGCACGCUAAGCGUGUCGUGCAAGGGUGUCGUGCGCGUGCUUUCACCUUUAGCAUCAAAUUCCUGUGGAGGUUCAGCGCUACUUUUUCAAUAAACUUUAAACGUUAAUUAGUCCGGCAACUUUCUUUCUUGCCUCGUCCUCGUGUACUGAAGAAAAAAAAUCCCAUCUUUCUUGUUUAACGCUUUUAUUUUCUUUUUCUCAGGGCAAAUCAAUCAGUCUCAGUCAUUGUUUACGUAUGCUCAAAAUGAAAGCGUAGAUACCUUUGCGAAACCGGACUUUUUGCCCAUGUUCAUUGAAAACAUAACGUGGUUUAACGCAUCUGUGGAGAGAGAGGCCACGACUCGAUGUGGAGAUAACAUCGAGUGCUUAUUCGACGCUGCAGCCACCAACGACGUGUCCGUUGGACUGGUAACCAAAGAUAUAAAUACUCAGUUUGAGAACGAAACAAACAUCCUCGGUAAGUCACCCGUAGAAUUGUGUUGCUAAGUAGUGGGGGGUGGGGGGUACUACCAUAUAUGGGCUAAGUAGGAAUGUACCGCUCCAUAGGGUGUGGCUUUGGAGGGUUUCCAAUGUUACCUUUCGACUUUUAUGUUAUGUUUCGAUUUUUUCUAAUCCUUUUAAACUAAAACAAAUAUUACUUCGCCAGCGGAAUUUGAUACAAUGUUUCUAGUUAGGUGCAAUUGUAACAAUUGUAACAGAAAUGUUUUCGGGCAUGUUUGUCCCUGGUUGAAGUGGUUGACAAUUUGAAAACAUCGGACGGAGAAGGGCAGGUGUUUCCUUAAUGUGUUUGUGCUUUAUUAUUUCCUAAAACCAAGAUCUUAGUUGAAUUCAUCUUAAUGGUGAUCUACAAUUGUGGCAAACAGUAGCCAUCCAGGGAAGAGAAAGAGAAUUGUUUUGAAUAAUGAGGAAAACCAAGGGUAAAAAUUAUAAGGGAAAAGAAAGUCAAUAUUUGUGGGCAUCGUCGAGAAACAGACGGUUCGUGAAAACAAUAUUCUACAAUAUUUUGUUCUCUUCCUGUAGAAAAUUUUCCACCAGUGAUAGUAAGUGCUUCGGAUGUAAUAAAUGCAACGCUUGAUGGCAAUGUUCAGUUUAAUAUUACUGCGGAGGACGAAGACACUGUAAACUUUGAAGUCAUUAACAAACCUGAAAGUGCCACUAAAAAACAAAGUGGAAACGUGCUCUACUUUUCUUGGAAUGUAACGUCGUCACAAAAGGUACAUAACUUUAAACAAAAAUCAGCGCAGCCUGCGAAAACAUCCGUUUCUCCUCGCUCUUCGCCGCUGGGGACGUUUCGCGCGGAGGAACGUCUGCGACUCAGCGACAGAAAUUCCAUACUGAUGACGUAAAAUCUGUCCGGAAUCCGGUCAGAAGCGCUGAUUGGUCGACGGAGUAGUUACAUUGUUUUAGCUAUUGUUUACGAAUGACAGACAAAAGACAAAAGGCCACAGAGGUCAAAUGUAAACGCGAAGAAUCUCGAGAAAAACAGUCAAUAUUUGUGGAAUAUACUCUUCUCUAGAAGAAGCGUUUGAGUUUUGCUGGAACUCGUUGGCAGAUGAACACAACACUUUAUCAAAAUCGACCAGAAGACACGUAAAAUUGGACAAAUUUGUAUUUGGAACCCCAUGACUACCGGAUUUAUUAUGUAAACAUUGAUUUGCGUCAUAAGUGUGGAAUUUCUGUCGCUGAGUCGCAGACGUUCCUCCUCGCGAAACGGCUCCAGCGACGAAGAGAGAGGAGAAACGGAUGUUUUCGCAGGCUACAAUCAGCGCGACCCAGUGUAAUCUGCUUCACAAACAUUCUUUGGGUUGUCACGCAACGGUCCACGGGGGAGGAUCCUUGCGUGACGACCCGAAGAACAGCAGAGAUUAGGACCAGUGUUACGAAAACUAAAGCGCACUAAAAAGUUUGUGAGGUGCUUUGGUUUAUAGUAUCGCUGAGUAUUCUUAUUGGUUGUUUGUAUUUUGGCGAGCCCGUAACACGACUCAAAUAAACAACAUGUAAGACACUCAACGAUACAGUAAACCAAAACAACGAGUGGCGUAUAUUAUAGGAAAGAAGGAGGAGAGUUAACUCUAACCGCUCUUCGUAGAAUGUUCAGGCAUGAAGGGAACUAAUGAGAAUAAAAUGAAUGGAAGUGAUUUGUGGUAUUAAACGAGGCGGGGGGGAAGGCUAUAUCAGCACCACCUCAACAAUCACAGACUUGUUUGUAUGACCUCAUUAUGAACUCCCUCAACCAUAGACACAGCUUAUUUCCCAGGUUCUCUUUCUUAGCGGUAGGGAUGGGAAGGGGAGGCCCCUGGGAACGAGGUUGCCAUAGACGAAGGCAAUUGCCCUGGAGUCCGGGGGGGAGUACUUCCUAGUAGUAGGUUAAUGGGUAUGUGUCGCUGGAUGGGGUAGCAUUUUCACGACUGGAUUAACUAUUAUGGGGCUACUUUUUAAUAAGAGUUACUAGAAUGGGGUCGCACAUUUUCAGGAUUUUGGGGGUCAGAAAAUUCAGGUAACUAGGGAUUUAAAAAUAGAAAGUCUUACACCACAUUAAUAUCAAAUGUGUCAGUUCAUUUCAGGCUUUAUAAGGUACAUGUAGAUGCAUAAACAGAAAGUUGGAGUUGCAAAAAUUCCUUUUUUUCCCAAAGUGACUGAGAUCGGGGUCUGUAAUAUGGUCGCAGAAUUGACCAUAAUGGGGUAGGGAUACUGAGAGGGUUUUUCAAGUUUGUCGAGUUUGUAUGCAUAUUUGACGAUGAUUUUACCAAUAAAAGAUUUUUUUAACCGGUAAUUUAUACUUUAAAGCUCGUAGUUAACGAAAAUGAUAAUGUUUAUUCAAACUGCUGUCACAACCUAGCCAAAAAAUUAAAUUCAGAUUUUUAAUUUUUGUCUUUGUUGUUGCUUUUCUCUGGUCAGUUCAAUCUAUCAAUCGUUGCUACUGAUGACAAAGGUGCCAGCGCACUUUGGAAUCCAACAAUUAGGAUGUGCGCCUGCAACAACGGUGGACAGUGCAUAGAGCCAGAAGAGGGUGAUUCCAUCAACACCGACAUCAAGUUUAUUUACAUGGGAUGUGCAUGCCAAGGAGGUUAUACGGGAAGGUUCUGCGAAAGUGAAAUUGAUGCCUGCGAAUUGAAUGGUCAACCGUGUUACGAAGGAGUUGGAUGUACUGAUCUUCCCCCACCAGCAAAUGUCAGUGGAUAUACUUGUGGGCCCUGUCCAACAGGAUUUACCGGAGAUGGCGCUCAAUGUUUAGGUGGGUAUGGCUAUUGUGAUUCAAAUUUAUCCUCGGUUAAAAUUUUAUUUUCCUUUGAUUUUGAUUAUGUGCAUGUAUGAUAAAGCGUUUAAAGAGAGAGAAAAAAAUAGAGAAGUUAAACCAGAACCACAUAGCCGUGAAAAUUUAUUAAGCAUGCCAGUAUUACUUCAAGAGACCUCUUUAGAACGAAAUAAAGCCUAGUAAUGCAUCAGUCAAUUCCACCUGCGCCCAGCCUCCCCCCCCCCGGGCUACUGCGGGGCAUUGCCCGCCUUGUUAGUCCCGGGGGUGGAGCAUUUGCAAAUUUUGCACUGCCCGGGGGACGGGCAUUUGCCAACCCCCGGGCCAUUCUCGAGCUUUUGACAGGCACGCGGUUUCCUAUCAGAAUAUUACUACACCGAAGGUUUCACUGGAAAAAAAGCAGAUUGGUUCAUCUGUCAAGGAUAGGAAUAAAUUGUAGAGGGUUGUAAAAGCAUGUUCUCGAUUUUACAUGUAUGCACGCAUUUCUUCUUUGUUUACCAAGCCAGAAUUACAUUCGAAUUACAUAGUGAAAUUGGAGCUAUCGAUGUGAAUCAACGUUUUUUGGUUAUUGAAUCAAAUUUCUGUUGAUAUUAUUUGAAGAACAUCCUUUCAUAUUUAUAAAACUAUUCAUAACAUAUAAGUUUACAGCACUCUAUUAACCUUAAUGUCAAUAAUUUUAUAUCAAUACUAAAACCAUAAACUGGUGUAUGUCGUCGCGGCGUGAAGUCUUAAUUAGAAUCCUCGCGCUAUUACAAUGGAAGACAUUAAUUGCAAAAAAAUCGCUCAUUAAAAUGCUUAAAAUGGCACUCUUUGACUGUGCGAUCAAUGAAAAAUGUUGAAUUGUUGACGGAGGACGGGGCAUUUGCCCUCUUUUUUCGUCCCCACCUGGGGGAUUUGACAGCUCAAGAGUCCCCACCCCCGGGAAUUUGCCAUCCAAGGCAAAGAAAAUGCAAUGCCAGGGGGUCAGCCGGGGGGGGGUGGCUGGGAGCAGGUGGAAUUGACUGAUGCAUAAAUGCCCAUCUUAAAAGACAAAACAGAGCCAGAAAAGAGAAAGAAGAAGGGAGGAGAGAAGCCGAAAAUUUGCGUUGUGCGUAAUGAAUACUUAACUUUAGCAUCAGGGGCUGAAGGCAGCGCAGACCAGAAAACGGCUCGAAUAACUGCGAAAGGCGUUACUUAAUUCUGGCAAAGAGAUGAAUUCCGAGCAGCUAAUGAGUUGAAAGAAUUAAAAAAAUUGAGUCCUUUCAGAAGGAAUAAGCACCUACCAUGUUGGGAAAUGCUGUAACAACAUAUUAAAGCGGUAUGCAUAUUAAAAGACUUUUAGUUAAUAGUCCACUUAAGGAAACUUCUCUAGUAUACAACCUGUUAGCGUUUACAUUAUUGGACUUUUUCCUUAGACAUUGACGAAUGUCAAACAAGCAACUGCGAGCAAAUCUGUGUCAAUACACCGGGAUCCUACUAUUGUACUUGUUCCAAUGGAUUCAAAAUUAAAGCGAAUACACGAAGCUGUGAAGGUAUGGGACUUCCUACUAAGAUAACUUUGUUAGCACAUUCUUUUCACAAAAUGACCAAACAUUAUCCAAUUAAAAUUGGAUGUCUUUCCAAAAAGUUUUCAAAGGUAUAUUGUACCUUAGCCUCCCUCGCAGUCGUUUCUGUCUGUGUUGCGUGAUGAGACAAAAACGGCGACAGUGCAGCAAAUACAAAAAAGGCAAGGAUGGCCUUACAAACUUGAAAAAGAUUGCAAUGGAUUGCACUGAUUGUAGUUUUGUGGUUUUUAGCAUUGAUAUAAUGCUUCGGAAAUAUUUGGGACUUUUUUGGAAUAUUUGUUUGCCAAGAAGCUGUGACUGCGUUAUUUAAAAGUAAUUUCUUCGCUAACGUUUGUUAUCAUCGCGAAUGAAGACCCGUAAUUUUGACGUUGCCCCCUUCGUUUAUCUGGGGAUGAAAGCCUGUUAAUGUUUCUCUUUGUUUAGAAACUGUAACGGACUCAUGUGGAUACACCCUAAAAAUGCGGACUAUGCAAUCAAUUACAUUGCCGGUAAACUAUUCGUGUUCUCAUUGGAAUGUCUUUAUUUACUGUAUAGAUAUCAAUGAAUGCGAGCCAUCAAAUGACUGCAUGCACCAGUGUGAUAACACGCCGGGAAGCUUUAACUGUUUAUGUAAUCAGUUUUUCGUGGUAGAUCCAACAGACUGGAGAAAGUGCGUAGGUAUGCAUCGUACUUCUUUGUUUGUAAUAAAACCUAUUUAUUAAUUUGCCAUGAGAGCUUUUCUUCUAAUAGCAAAAUUGAAAGUGUGAAUAUGUAACCGUUGAACCAAUGACGAGUGAUAAAAUGAACGAGAUGAUCACAAUAGUUUUGUUUUUCUUACUUUUUAGCAACAAACCCCUGUUCUCCAGAUUUUGGCUGUGACCAUGUGUGUUUCAAGGAUGCUAAUAAUCAGCCAAACUGUGACUGUUUUGCAAACUUUGAACUUCAAAGGGAUGGAAAGACAUGCACAGGUACUCGAUAUUAUAGGGAUUCUGCUUUUGUGAGUAAUUGAGGCGCGAAUCAAAGUCGACUUGGCAGAGGUUUCAAUAAUGUUUCUUGACUAAGGACCCCUAAUAUUAUGCAUAGCAAAGAAUUUAAAUUAUUCAGCAUAAAAGUGGCAAAACAGUUAUUCAAGUAGUAAGGAGGGAUAAAUUCAAGAUACGUGUAAGUAUUGUCUUUAAUACCGACGAGAGAGGAUAGAGCUUUGUCCUCUCUUUUUGCCGAACCACCACCGUAACAACAUGCUACUCGCAAUCGAAUAAUUGUAUCAAAUUCUUCCAACCCCUCUCGUAUUUGUAUCAGGCUAUGCAAACACGGAAAACGUUUCGUAUUCCUAAAACAUAUAAAUGGAUCCCCCGCUUUAACUAAGGGCUGUUGCAAGCAAUGCCCAGGGCCCGCGGAGCAGUUUUUAAAGUGCGGGGGCCGGUGCAUGGUCAAACAACCACCUACGUUGAGGUGGGGGCGGGAGGAGCAAAUUUGGCUGUUCUCUCUUUGUGGCUGUUUAGAACUGUCACUGUCUUGAGUCAUUGUUGAGCUGAGUCAUGUUUAUAAAUUUCAAGCCGCUGAAAAGUACCUUUCUCCUGCUGAGCGUGAUUGCACAUGAUGGAUCCACCACUAGAAGUUCGCAGAUCAUGAUAUUACACUGUAGGUUCCUGUAACCCCUUCAUUUUAUCUAGUAUGUUAUGGAAAUGUGUCAGAGACCACUUCAUCAGCCGAUAUAAUUCGGUUUAAGAAACCGUAGUUCCUGGAGUAUUCUUCAGAUUUAAGUAAGAACCUUCGUCAAAAAAGACUAUUCCGCAUCGCUGCAAAUGCUACAUAUCCUUGCUGAUUUUAGUUGAAAAUGCAGAAGUCUUGGACUAAGUGCAGUUUCUUGAAGUUAGGCAUUUUGAAGCUUACUACGCAUCAGACUGAUGGGAUCAAAACGGACCAAUAAUAAAUUUAGAUGCUGGAAGAUUCUUAUUCCAACAAAGAUACCAUUUUUAUGAAAAUGUAUAUUACAGUAGAACCUCUAUAACAAAGUCCUCGAUCUAACGCGCUAUUUUAUUACUAUUUUUUUGACUCCAGUAAUAUUAAAAUAUAAGGCAAUAUGAUAAAGAACCUCGUUAUAACGAAAAUAUUUUGCCAGCCCAUUGGCGCUUCUUUAUAUAAAGGUUCCACUUUACUUAAUUUUAUUUAUUUAUUUUUCAAAAAGUGGGGGGCCCCUGGCCCCCCAGCUCCUCCCCCUGCGAGGUCCCUUAUGCCCCCUCCCUCCUAUCACCCCAAUAACCUAUCCUGAACAGGCUUCCGAAUGCUCUUUCUCGUGCAUACUAGAUUUUUUCUUACCCAAAAUCCAACUUUACGUAGAGACCAGACGGUGUAUCAUUCAAAGCACGAUAACCUAUUUCAGUGCGUAGCUUGUAGGUACGUGGGUCUCAGGGAACUCACAUUUUCACCACAAAAAAUGCACAAAAUCCAGAAUCGAUUUGCUGCAGCAUGUAAAUCUCGCUUAUUUUCACUCACCCACACGUCGCCAAGGCUUAAACACUAAGGGAUGUCUUCUGUGCAUGUUAGCUCUUUAGAUGGGAUAUACUUAUAUUAAGCAUUUUUUUCUCAGACAUCAACGAGUGUGAUCCGGAUAAGCGUCUCCAUCGAUGUAGCCAUAUCUGUAAAAAUAUCCCUGGAGGAUAUGAUUGCUCUUGUCCAGCAGGAUAUCGAUUAUCCGGCGAUGGGUACACUUGUGAUGGUAAUAUUUUGGUCUUUUUUUCCAUUAACAAAGUAACAAAUUCAGUUCUAAGGAAGCGUUAAGGAUCACGGUUUUAGGGAGCAUAUCCAUCUUUUUGUCUAUUUAACAAUUAUACCACGAGUGCGCGUUGGAUAUUAGAUGGGAGAUAGCCAACGAAGCGUCUAGCGCCGAGUUGGCUAUAAUCAUUUCAGUCAUAUCCAAAAAUCGCGAGUGGAAUAAUUGUGUUAUUAAAAACGCCCUCAAAAUAUCGAGAAUCAGGUUUCCCGACUUUAUUUGUUAAAACAACCGAUUUUCGGUUUGCUUUUCAUUUUUGAGCAAACGCGUACAGUUACCCUAUUUUGAAAGCACGAUAUAAUGGCUCAUAUACCAUGAUGGCUAAGCCAAUCAGAGCUCUAGAAUCGCAUCAUCCAAUGAUUCAGUUUUUCAUAAUUCCAAAUCUCCCAUAAUACGCUUUGUUUAUUCCCCCUGCCCCCAAAUUAUGCAUAACCUGUCGUUUUCAAAUGCUCCUGAGAAAAUUGCAUAUUCCGUAGAGUAUUGAAAACAAAACUUUAUGCAGCAUUUAGGGGCGGGCGGGUAAACAGAGUGCAAUAUGGGGGAUUCCAAAAUAGCCAAUAAAGAUGUCCUUUAAGUUAGUGUUCAAAUUGGCAAAAACUGAAGUAUUCCACAUUUUUUUUACUUUCCAGAUAUUAAUGAGUGUGUAGAUGACAGGUUGUUUAACUGCACGGACGUUCAAAGGUGCAUCAAUGACAUCGGUACUUACAGAUGUGACUGUGGAGAGAACCUUUUCUUUAUUGAUGGGCAAUGCAGA